AUGGCCCCAUCGUUAGAAGAGUCCGUGGUGACUGUGGCCCCAACGGUGGCCAAGUUCACCGUUCCGGUUCUCGCAAAAGAUCUCGCGGGCGACAACAAGUUUGGCUAUCAGCCCGGCCGAACCCCAGUUACUCGGCACGACAACUAUGCACAUGAAGAUUUUUUGCCCUCAUUUCCAAACAUCCAUUGGCCUCCGCUUGAAUAUACUCCCUACCAGGACAAGGGAUUACGGGGCGACCCCAAGUUCCGCAAUCUACUGAGGGACGCCACAGCAGUCUUCGAUCACAACCCCAAGAUCGGAACCGAAAUCCAUGGCGUGGAUCUAUCAAAACUCGACGAUGCACAGCGGGAUGACCUUGCCAGACUAAUUGCGUACCGAGGUGUUGUCUUCUUCCGCUCCCAGAAGAACUUCGAUAUCGAGGCUCAACGUCAAUUGGGCCAAUAUUGGGGCAAGCUACACAAGCACGCUACUACAUCCGUUCCUCGAAAGCCAGGUCUCGAGGACGUCCAUGUCGUCUACACUGGCGACAACUCCGGUGACAACCGUGCCCUCUUCACGCCAAGUUUCUUAUGGCACUCGGAUGUCACCUAUGAAAUUCAACCUCCAUCCUACACAUCACUUAAACUUCUCUCCGGUCCACCCCGAGGAGGUGGCGGUGACACUUUAUGGUCCUCGCAAUACGCCGCCUACGAUGUGCUCUCUUCACACAUGCAAAGCUACCUCAAAGGCCUCACCGCACUCCACUCAGCCGAUAUGCAAGCCAACGACUCUCGGGCACUAGGCCGGCCCGUGCGCCGGGACCCCGUCACCACCGAACACCCACUCAUUCGGACGAACCCAGUCACCGGCUGGAACGGACUUUUCUUUAACCCAGGUUUUGUGAAGAAGAUCGUCGGUAUUCCGGCCGCAGAAAGCGACGCUAUCAUUCGGUUCCUCACUGAUGUGAUCGCUACGACCCAAGAAAUGCAUGCCCGCUUCUCAUGGAACGAGGACGACGUCGCACUCUGGGAUAAUAGAUCUACCAACCACAGUGCGUCUUAUGGUUUUACACCGCACCGUCGCCAUGCUGUGCGUGUUGCGGUCCAUGCCGAGAAGCCUGUGUUUGAGGAGUCUGGGAAAUCUCAAGAGAAUGAACUUCAUGCUUUGUAUGGACUGCCGGCAGUCAACAAAGAUGGAUCUCGCCAAUCGAACUAUAACGAUUAG